AUGAAUAUCCCCGAUAUUCCAGACACAGAGACUCGCGUCCUGCUUCUCUCGCUCUACGGCUAUACCGACGACCACAUCGAUGACCUACUCACCGGUCGAUGCCACGUCGAAUGCGCCAAAGAUCUCGACACAGCCAUAAACUCCAUCAUGAAUGACCGCCCCCACAUCAUCGUCGUCACUGACCCUGCCGUCACCUUCGCAGAGAACCAGACUCUUAUCUUCAAGCUGUACGAGUACGUCAAGGGCGGCGGAACGCUAAUUCUGGGCAGUCGCUUCAGCACUUGGGCCAACUUCACGGAGAUGGACAAGUUCUUCGGUGCCCUCGGACUCAACUGGAAGGCGGAGAACUUCUACCGCUCAACCGUCCAAGCGCGUUACGGAUCUGUCAAGAACCCUGAGUCUGUCCUUCACUAUUUGACGUUCCAAGUCUCGGGUGUGCAUCUCAAGAGUGUCGAUCAUCAGGCUAUGCUCUACAUCGCCUUGAAGCAGGACUCCCCGGAACUGAACAUGAAGUACAAUGUGACGCCUUUCGCCUGGAAGAAGCUGGGUGAGGGUUUUGUUGGAUACAUCAGCGAUGUGCUUAACGAUCCCAAGACUGAUGACGUUAUGCUGGCUAUGUGCGGUCUGUCGGACCCUGGAGUUAUGUCUGAAUAG